AUGUCCCCAAUCCGCAUCCCGAAAACGGGCACCCGAACAGCCCUAGACCCCCAAAUCCAAACAUUCCUCACCCAAAACUCCUCCCUCCAACUAGGAGGCACCGAUUUCCUCGCCGAGCGCAAACACCACACCCAAGUCUUCGCCUUCCACAACCAUCCCCCAAUCCUCCAAGCUUCAAUUGAUUAUGCUGAGUUCACGGCAAUCCGCGGCCCUCACGGAACGAUCCCAAUUCGUGUGUUUUACCCCAGAAGCGGCGAGAAGCAGAAACAGACGCGAGAUGCCGCUGCAUUAAUCUACUUCCACGGUGGAGGCUACACAGUCGGGACGGUGGAUGAGUUUGAGAACGGCCUUCGGAUACUGGCGGAGGAAAGUGGUGCGCAGGUCUACGCGGUCGAGUACCGAUUAGCCCCCGAAUGGCAGUUCCCAACACAGCUAGAUGAAUACCAAGCGGUUCUGGAAUGGGUUGAGGGUAAAGGCGGGGCAGAACGAGGAGUCAACCCCCAACGAGUCUGCGGCGGAGGCGACAGCGCCGGAGGAAACAUGACCGCCGUGAUGGCCUUACGCGUUAAAGAUGGCAAGGGAGGCAAAGCGAAACCCAUGCGCGCCCAGAUUUUACUAUACCCCGAAGCGCGAAUCCCAUUUGAUACACCAGCAGCGUCGGAAAAUAACUCGGGGAUCUACUUGGAGUGCAAUGGGAUCUUCUCGUUCGCGCAUCACUAUCUCCCCCGUGGAACGCCGCCGUCGCAUCGGUAUAUCUCGCCCGGGAUGCAGCCUAUCUCGUCGUUACGGGAUCUACCGGCAGCUGCGAUCUACACUAAUGGGUUCGAUCCGUUGCGCGAUGUCGGGGUGGAGUAUGCGUCCAAGUUAGACGAGGCGGGUAAUCAGGUGGUGUGGCAUCAUUUCGAUACGCUGCCGCAUGGGUUCUUGCAGAUGGCGCCGUGGAGUGAGAAGGCUAUGGAGGCGACAAAGCAGGUUGCUAAUGAUUUGAGAGAGCUGGCGUAUGGAAAGUAA